AUGGCGGCGCCCCCGGGCAGGCUACUGCUACAGCGGCUACGGGCACGGCUGGCAUGUCUGACCCAAGUGAGGUGGACCAGGUACAGCCCCCAGUAUCUUGAUCCUGAACCAGACAAGGAGGUUUACAAGCGACCCCUGGAGGAGCUGAGCGAGCAGGAGCGGGCAGACCGAGAGCUGAAAAUUGUCAGACCGAUCAAAGCAGCUCCUUCCAAUGUGACCAGCUCGGUCUUUAGUGACCUGACAGUCAGCAAAUUCACCAAUAUGAUGAUGAAAGGCGGAAACAAGGUUCUGGCGUGCUCCAUUAUGAAUCAGACAUUAGAGCAAAUAAAAAGGACACAGCUGGAAAAAUACUACAAGGCCCCCGAAGAGGAGAGGGCAAGCAUUGAGUGCAAUCCCUACACCAUCUUCCACCAAGCUCUUCACAACUGCCAGCCCAUCAUUGGCCUUACCAGCGUUCUGAGAGGGGGCAAGUCAUACCAGGUCCCCACUCCAUUGAAAGAGAACAGGCGCAGGUUCCUGGCUAUGAAGUGGUUAAUCACAGAGUGUCGCGAGCACAAACACCGCCGGACACUAAUGUACGAAAAGUUGUCCCAGGCCAUACUCGAUGCUUACGAGGGGCAGGGAGAGGUAGUGAAGAAAAAGCACGAGCUGCAUAAAAUGGCUGAAGCCAACAGAGCGUUCGCUCACUUCCGCUGGUGGUAGGUGGUUACCAGGACUUAUAUAUAGGGAGAUGUGUGGAUUUUCCUUACUUUGGUGGAGCCCUGCACAAUCCAGCAUUCUUGGCUGAAAAGGAACCUUUCCUAUAAACUCUUCCAUGUUGGGUAUCCCAAAGAAACAAUGCAAGAAUUAAACCGAAUGACAUAGUAUAAUAACAAA